AUGGCGGUGUGGGAGUGUAGCGGGGACGUGGAUGUUAUGUGGGAUAGGGCUGCCAGUUGCAUCACGGAGUCGGCUAGAGAAGUGUUGGGUGUUUCGAGGGGGCGGGCAGGACAGCAUAAGGGGGAUUGGUGGUGGAAUGAAGAAGUCGAGAAGAAAGCGGAGAUUAAGAAGGAGGCAUAUGUUAAGCUGAUUGAGAGUAAAGAUGCAGAGGAGAAGUGGGUGAAUAGGGAGGUCUACAAAGUAGCAAGGAAAGAGGCUAAGCUAGCAGUUAUGGCUGCUAAGGUAGCAGCGUUUGAAAGAUUAUAUGCGGGUGAUGGACGUGUUGAUGCGGAGUAUUCAAGGGGAGGUGCCGUUGUGUAUGUUGUUUGCGGACGAUGUAGUGCUGAUUGA